ACUAGGGAGGCGACUUCGUUCAGUACCUGCCUCCUCUUAAAGAAGGAAGCUAACCUGACCGAAACUCAGUCACGUUAACAUGAAAUCUGGACCGAACACGGGAAGGAUUUGUUAAGAACCGGAGAGCUACGACGACACGAGGACUCAAAACAACCGUUUGGAUUGAACUCGAAACGACUUUCACCGUAAAACGACGAGAACGAGUUAGCUCGCUGCGUUAGCUUGUUUGCUAACUCGGCUGGUUCGGGCUGCGCGAGACGGAUAACGGCGCUGCUGGUUCACCAGACUUACCUGUUCACCAGACUUACCUGUUCACCAGACUUACCUGUUCACCAGACUUACCUGUUCAUUAAACUUACCUGUUCACCAGACUUACCUGUUCACCAGACUUACCUGUUCACCAGACUUACCUGUUCACCAGACUUACCUGUUCACCAGACUUAGCUGUUCAUUAAACUUACCUGUUCACCAGACUUACCUGUUCACCAGCCUUACCUGUUCACCAGACUUACCUGUUCACCAGACUUACCUGUUCACCAGACUUACCUGUUCACCAGACUUAGCUGUUCAUUAAACUUACCUGUUCACCAGACUUACCUGUUCACCAGCCUUACCUGUUCACCAGACUUACCUGUUCACCAGACUUACCUGUUCACCAGACUUACCUGUUCACCAGACUUACCUGUUCACCAGACUUACCUGUUCACCAUGGGCUCCAGAGCGUCCACGUUACUCCGAGAAGAAGAGAUUGAAGAAAUAAAGAAGGAGACUGGCUUCUCUCACAGUCAGAUCACCCGUCUGUACAGCCGCUUCACCAGCCUGGAUAAAGGGGAAAACGGCACCCUCAGUCGAGAAGAUUUCCAGAGGAUCCCGGAGUUGGCCAUCAAUCCGCUGGGAGACAGAAUAAUCAAUGCCUUCUUCCCUGAGGGAGAGGACCAGGUGAACUUCAGGGGCUUCAUGCGGACCCUGGCUCACUUCAGACCCAUCGAGGACAACGAGAAGAACAAGAACGCCGUCGUCAGCGAGCCGCUCAACAGCAGGACGAACAAGCUGCUCUUUGCUUUCCGCCUGUAUGACCUGGACAGAGAUGACAAAAUCUCUCGGGAUGAGCUGCUGCAGGUCUUGCGGAUGAUGGUUGGUGUAAACAUUUCAGACGAACAGCUGGGCAGCAUCGCUGAUCGAACCAUUCAGGAGGCCGACACCAACGGAGACAACUCCAUCUCCUUCAACGAAUUCAUCAAGGUCUUAGAGAAGGUGGACGUGGAACAGAAAAUGAGCAUCCGCUUCCUGCACUAGAUGUGAUUUAUUUUUAUUUAAUUUCUUUGCUUCAACAUGUCCGUCGACGUCAGGACACGACCUCAUCCAGCUCCUCCUGCAGGCUGCUGUGACCCCACACUACGAGAUCACGCUGCCAGGCCAAGCACCCUCUGGUAGACACCGUCAUAAAGUUCUGCCUCUGCAAGGCUCCGUAAACAAAGGGAAACGUUGCGUGCCUUGAGUUCUUUUUAUGCAAUGUCACUCUGUGUUUGUUUCCCCUGUAAUGGAACAUUGUUGAUUAGAUCGUUAGAGGAGUUAGCUUCACUGCUGUUCCACUUUUUCUCAUCAAACAUGAUUUUUAAAGAGCGGUACGAUAACACUUUGCCAUUGCAUUGAGUAAGUUUAUUCUAACACUGUUUUCACACGUGCACUCCUGAAAGCUUCUAAAAAAAUGUGCAGACUACCCCUAAAGUCUUCCUGAGAUGGUCCCUGUCAGACUGGGGGGGGGGGGGGGGUCUCAGGAGAACAAUGGCAGACGAAUCGAAAGAAUCCAACACAGAACAGUUUUUUGCUUUUCUAUAAAUAAACGCUAGGUGUAGUUUAAAACAUUCACAAUAUCGACUGAAGAGCGGAGGAAAACUUAAACAGAAAACAUAUGCAGCAGUUUGAAAACACCGGCCGCGUGCAAACCGUCACCCCCCUCCCCGCUCGCUCCUGCUGCAUUCUGACAUCAUGCAGAAAAUGUAGGAGGGGCCUGGCAGGAAACAUUCUGGGUUUAUUGGUAAUAAUCAGCUGUUUGCAUUCUCACAUGCAGCUCCAGCUGAAACAUUUUAGGAAGUUUUCAGGAGUUUUGUGCACGUGUGAAAGCACCUUAAGUUUACUCAUUGUGUACCACGGUGUCUGUCUGUUGGAAUAUGCAACAGUUCAAAGUGUUUCUAACGCUAACAGGACCGGCUGACUCGAGUCAGUCCGUCCUUUAAAGCAAAUCAGCACGCGAUCCACACGUUUGUGUUUUCUCACUGAAGUGCCACAACUUUAAAUUCCUUUUUCUAAGUUAUUAUCCCAACAGUGAACCUCUGACCAUGUCUGUGUUUUUCUUUUUCGUAUGGGUUAACCUAGCUACUGCCAAUGGAUCGUAAUGACCUGUGUCACAUGUCAGACUUUAACCAAAGCGAGGAACAGCAGUAACCACCCGGGUCCUGUUAGAUCCUGUGUGUGUCUGAUGGGAUAUUUAUAGAACUAAUCAUUCAAGAAGCUGCUCUCACUUUGGGUAGUACUCGUCUUCUUCCGCUCGUCUUUUAAAAAGUGUUUGAGUUAGUUUUAGUCUUGAUAGAGUAAAAGCUACCAAUGCCAGGUGGUGUGAGGGGGGCGGGCUGUGGACCAGUUUGUAGACUGAAACCAGGUAGACUCAUCAUGAACUCCCCCCCCCCCCCCCCCUCUGUUUGUUGAUUUACACACCGCUCAGCAUUUAAAUAUAUGAAUCUUUAUCUCUUACUAAAAAGUCCCAGAAAGAGAACCUAAUGAAUUAAUGAUUUAUUUCCUGUGCAGUGCGAUGGAUCGGACACUCGAGCAUCUUUAGUGUGAGUUUGUGAAAUCAUUACGAGAACGCCCUCCAGCAGCCGAGUGCAGGAAACACAACGUGAACAUUUUAUUAAUCAUUAUGAUCAAUCCGUUUCUGAUUCACAUGUUCUGUGAUGUCGGUCCGGUAUUUAUCAGUGAUUCAUGAUUUUGAUUUGAAUAAAUACAAGUGCCAUGCUU